AUGGCAUCUCCGUUCGGCGGCAAGCCUCUUGCGCCGCUCGAGUCAUCCGCGCAAGGAGAACAAGAAGAAGAGUCGGACUUUUACGAGCAUGUAGCAAAGCGCGCUCGAUUGCAUGCGCCCUCCUCGAGAUCAGGCUCUUUCCAAAGCUCUCCCUUCGCCUCACUCGGAGAGGCGGUUGCGCGGGACGAGGACUCGCGACCAUCACCAUUUGGUCGGACAGAUGCGCUCUCCGCCGGAGCAGCUGGACUCUCGAGCUCACCUUCUACCACUAUCGCACCUUUGUUACCGUCGCAAGAGUCCGUUUCGGGAACGAGAAGCCCAUCUCUCACUAGAGCAUCACCAUUUGGUGUCAACGAACCCAUGCGCUCUACCUUCGGAGCUACGGCGCAGCCGAAGCUGUCUUCUUUCGCAUCUUUUGGCAAACCCGCAGGCCCAGGCACACCGGCCUCAUUCGCUUCGUUUGGCAGGACAAGCGCGGAAUUUGGACCAUCGACUUCCUUCCGUACCAUGAAGAUGACUCCCCGAGAUCUUCAACCCUCUUCUGGCACACAAAAGAGCACUUCACCAGCUCAAAUUCUCGAAGGUGAUGAUAUUCUGGCGAAAGCUAUGCAGCGCGCGAUACAGAAGCGCAAGGCUGUCUUUGGUCACGAGGAUGUCGCUGCUGACAAGGCUGUGGGCGACUAUCUGACCCGUCUGGGUGCUCCAAAUGUGUCCACCUUGGCAAGCGAGCUGUCCGUUGUUGCGCAGCAACACCCAGUGGCCAUGGACUUCAUCCGUCACAUCUUCAAGAACAAUGCGCAGUCAAGCACACCCGCCGUGCAGGGAAUGUACGAAACUUCACGAUCUCAUUCUCAACGCAUGCCAACAAACAAUCUCGAAGCCCACGAGAGGAUCUCGACAGACCACUCAUUCUUCCUGCCUACGGAGAAAUCUGAAGCCCGACUGGCGCAGCUUCGGAAGGGGAAUUUGGACUUCACGACGGAUGGUCGACGCGAGUCGAGCGCCGACAAUUCGGCGCCUUGCAACUGCUCGGAACGCAGUGAAACAAAGACUCUGCCGGACACAGAAAAUGGCGAAGACAACCUACCCUUCCUCGUCCUCGACCUCCCGCCAGAGCUGCGAAUGGAUGUUCUGAAGUCAGCCCUAAACCCAGGCUUCAUCAGCCUCCGCAGCUGCGCCCACCAUCUUCCGGCCGGCACCAUUCCCGAAGUCUCACCUGCCCUCCUCCAGACAAGCAAGCAAAUCGGACACGAAGCAAAAGACCUCCUGCUCGAAAAUACUCUCAUUGUCAACGUCUGGGUCGACUGCUCCUCCCGCUCCGUCGUCAACCCUCACCAACUCCCCAGACAUCUCCACCCUUCCAUCAAACACCUCACCAUCGUCAUCGACUUCACGCCCAUCAUCACUAGCCCCGCCACGGAGCGCGACUGGCGUCCGUUUCAGCGCAUGACGAACUUGAAGACGCUUCGCAUCUGCGCAAUCAACGGCAUCACAAAGACCUCCGGAAGCUCGGUCCGGCGCGACGACAUCUACCAGGGCUGCGUCAAGGCUGUGGUUGAGCGGAUCCCCAAGGACUGCGUCGUGUCCUACGGAGCCCAUGCGCCUGCUGAAGAGGCCCACAUUGCAGACAUGACGAAGGCGCUGAACAAGCAUGGACAGAGGUACACUGGGCUGGGUUUCAGUGGAAGAUGCGGGGGCUGCUACAGCAUGCCUGGAGAGGUGAUUCUGGGUCAUUUCCGAGAGCUUGAGAAGGUCGAGAAGGUUGUGCAGGGAUGCAAGUCUGGGAGUACGUUGGAUUGGCGGUUCAUCAAAGAGGAACGCGAGGACACCGGUUGA